AUGACCCGCCGCAAGGACUACAACUCCCGUGGUGCCCCGCGCAAGGCGCAGGCGCGGCGGCGGGCGGACAAACCCUUCAAGUGCUUGGAAUGUGGGAAGAGCUUCAGACGGAGCUCCGACCUCCUCACCCACCAGCACGUCCACACUGGGGAACGUCCCUACACGUGUGGGGAGUGUGGGAAGAGCUUCAGCCAGAACUCCAACCUGAUCCGACACCAGCGCAUCCACACUGGGGAACAGCCCUACACGUGUGGGGAAUGUGGGAUGAGCUUCAGGGAGUGCUCCACCCUCCUCACCCACUGGCGCAUCCACAGUGGGGAACGGCCCUACACAUGUAGAGAAUGUGGGAAGAGCUUCAGGAAUAAUUCCAACCUGAUCCAACACCAGCGCAUCCACACUGGGGAGAGGCCCUACCUGUGUGGGAAAUGUGGGAUGAGCUUCAGGCAGAGCUCCAACCUCCUCAAGCACCAGCUCAUCCACACUGGGGAACGGCCCUACAAGUGCUUGGAAUGUGGGAAGAGGUUUCAGACCAGCUCAGAUCUCCUCAGGCACGAGCAGACACACACGGAUGAGAGGCCCUUCCGCUGCACCGACUGCGGGAAGGGCUUCAGCCGGAACUCCCACCUCGUCAUCCACCGGCGCAUCCACACCGGGGAGAGGCCCUACAAAUGCUUGGAAUGUGGAAAGACCUUCACCCAGAGCUCUGGCUUGACCUCACACCAGCGGACCCACCGCUUCACCUACAUUGAGUUCUCGGACAAGGAGUCAGUGCGGACGUCGAUGGCCCUCGAUGAGUCGCUCUCCAGGGGGAGGCAAAUCAAGGUGAUCCCGAAGCGCAUGAACCGUCCCGAGAUCAGCAGCACCGACCGGGAUUUCCCGCACGGCCGCUUCCAGGGCCGGAGGGGAGGGUUCGGCUCUGCCCACGCCCGAUUUUACAACGGCUUCCAACGGCCCCGAGGGAGGGGAUACAGGUCAGUUUGGAGACAAUUCCGAAUGUUUGGGGGCAUUUCGGGUGAUUUGGGAAGUUUUUGGUGA